GAUGGCUGGACAGCAGCCGGAGCCACGCAUUGUGGAGGAAAGAGUCAGCUGAGAGGAGCUUUUGGUUUGCGGUGUUUGCUUUGUUACUAUCGAUCUGUGAGUGGGUGGGUGUGUGCACUGAGGAUGUGAAAUCAACAUGGUCAGGAGGCACUGCGAAGAUUAGUCAUCAGCUGAAAGUAAGCACCAUGGCCGCCUUCCAGCUGCUCUUCCCGCUGUUGGUCAGCUGCGUGGCGGCAUCCUCACGCCCUCCCCGCCACCUCCCUCCAUGCCAAGUUGUCCAGAUGAAUGUGUUUUGCAGUGAUCUGAGCCUUAGAAGCGCUCCAGACAACCUUCCUCAUGGCGUCCAGAUGCUGGACCUUUCUCGUAAUCAGAUGCAAAAUCUCACCCAGGAAACUCUCGCGUACCACACCGGCUUCCGUCAUCUGAAUCUUCACUCCAACAAGAUCCACUUCAUCCAGCCGGGACUCUUCAAAGACAUGACUGAUCUAAAAGUCCUGGAUCUGUCUAGGAAUCAUCUGAAUGUUUUUGCUCGCUCCAAAAUCAACAUUGGGCCUCUUACAGCUGUAGAGUCACUUGAUCUUUCAAGCAAUGGGCUGUACACAGGAAUGUCUGACUAUUUCCUGGCUGAUUCUCCAUUGCUGGCAAACCUUUCUCUCAACAGCAAUAGCAUCACCAAAAUAGCAAAUAACACUUUCAGUGGAUCCUUGGCCCUGACGAAAAUCAGCCUCCACAAUAACGUCAUCAUGGAGAUUGAAGGUGGAGCUUUUGACUCCUUGAAUCAUCUGACUGAACUCGAUCUGUCCAAGAACUCAAUCACUUGCAUCACAGACUUCAACCUCUACAACUUAAAACUGCUCAAUCUCAGCAAGAACAGCAUGGAGUCUUUCCAAAGCACAGAAUCAAAUGAUAGGUAUCAUCUUCUCUCUCUUGAUCUGAGUGAAAAUAAAAUGCUCUACUUUCCUCUUUUACCUAAGAAAAACAUGCUCAAAUACCUGGACGUUUCACGGAACCAACUUCAGAGCAUCAACGUCACAGGAAAUCCUGAUGAAAAUACAACAUUUCAUUUAAAUCACCUGAGAUACCUGGACAUGAGUUUCAACCAACUCAAAAGCAUACCAGAGUCCUUUUUUAGUGGUAUGGGAUUACUCGAGGUCCUGAAUGUGAGCAAUAACUGUAUUGGUUCAUUUUCUAUCACUGAUAAAUUUCAUCUAAGGAGAGUAAAGAUUAUCGAUCUCAGCUAUAAUUCGCUGCAGAGCCUGACAUUUGGGAAAAACACUCUGCAAUCGCUGGAAAAGCUUUUCUUACAAGGGAACGACCUCACCACCUUGGAUCAUCAAAUAUUCCGAAGACUUCCAAGUAUUAAACACCUGCAUCUCCAGCAGAAUGACCUGAAAAUCUGUGCCUCGGACCAAAGCCACCAGGAUUCUCCAGAUUGUGUCUCAUUUACCUCCAUACCAAACUUGCAGUACCUGUACCUCUCUGACAACAAUCUGAGGACUCUGCCUGCAAACGCAUUUGCCAACACCCCUCUGAUAUUACUGGACUUGUCCCUGAACCCGGGUUUAGACAUGGACAAAGACUCCCUCUCUGGUCUCGAGCAUUCUCUGGUUCACCUCUUCCUGAGGAAAAACAACAUUUCCAGUCUAAAUACAGAUCUCUCCUCACUGAGGUGUCUCAGAGACGUAGACCUGUCCUUCAACCAGCUGACCAUUCUACCUACGUGGAUCAAAACGUCCUCCAUUGAGUCGCUAAACCUGCAGAACAACAACCUGGUCACUCUGGACUACAGUACCAUGCUCACCCUGGAACACUCACUUAAAAUCCUCUACAUGGGAUCCAACCCACUGAGCUGCUGCAGAAACCUCGGCUUCCUCCACAUGGUCCAGCACUCAGCCGUGGUCGUCCCCGACAUUGAGAAGGUGACCUGCAUUUACGAGGAGUAUUCAGAACUGGUCAACAUCGGGAAUCUGACUCCGGAAAUGUGUCAUAGAGCAGGCAUCCAAAACUAUGUUGUCCUUGUUGUUGUGAUAGCGCUACUUGUGAUGAUCGUGCUGGGACUGUUGGUUAGAUGUUGCCACACAAGGAAACGAAAGCACAGCCGAAGCUUUAGAGCUUAAUGUGAAUGAACAGUGCACGUGCAGGACCAUGAAGGAAUUCAUUAUUGGGACUUUUCUAAUUUCUGUUCACGAGGAGGUUGUAGGUUUGAACCACAGACAGUGGAAAAACAUGAAUGUAAUAUCUGUGAUGUCACCCAAAGUCUUCUGAAGUGACGAUUUAAAGCCUUGGUUUGGGUUUACCACUACCAUUCCAAGUGAAAUAAUACAAUAACAAUACAAUAGAUAAACUAUUGAAUCCACCACUUCUUGUGGAAAAUAUUCUUCUUGUACUGUCUUACAGAAGAUAGGACUUUUUUAAUGGACUUCUAAAAGUAAGAAGUUUAUUGCAGUCACCAUGUACAGUAGUGGAUAUUUCAGGGACUGCAAUUUUAGAGACUCAUGGCUAAAGCAGAGGUGUUUCCUGCUUGGUUUUGAUAUCAAACCACAUCAGUUUAUUGAAUGUAAAAGGAGGAUAAAAUCCACACUAAAACACUGUUGCCCAUUUCUACACUGACAGACCACAGUGAAAGACAUAAAAUGUUAAAGGAAAGGUUUUUGGAAAAUCUGCUUAUUCGCUUUCUUGCUUAAAGUUAUAUGAGAAGAUUAAUACCUCUAACACGUCUGUGUUCUAAAUACGAACUUACAGGCAGCAGCUGGUUAGCUUAGCUUAGCUUAAAGACUGCAAAUGGCACGAAACAAUUAGUCUGGCUCUGUCCAAAGGUAACAAACUCCACCUAUUAAAUUAGAGGUGAUGACCUCUAAAGCUCACCAAUUAACAUCUCUUUAAUUUGUAUGCAGUAACACAGAAACUCAAGAAAGUUACUCGAAGAAACAGUCUGGCACAUAAGUGUUAAACAUAAAGUUUUAGAGGUGCUGGCAGGCAGAUUUUUACCUUUGGACAGAGCUUAGCUAGCUUUUUCCUAUUGUUUUUAGUCUUCAUGCUAAGUUAAGCUAAGCUUAGCUAACCACCUCCUGGCUUUAAAUUAAUGGUACACACAUGAGAGUGGUAUCAGUCGUGUCAUGUGGCUUUCAGCAAGAAAGCAAAUAAGCGUAUUUUAGGCUUGAACGAGGUGGAGUCAGAUGUCUUUACUCAGUGACGUUCAGUCAUAGUAUAUGAGAGUGGAAUUUCCUUCAAGCUAAAAAUAAAGAACAUAACACUACAAAAGGUCAUGAAACAAAAUGCUCUACUCAUGGAGGAUGAAGUAUGAUUAAAUGAAGUACAUGUAGGUUGAGAGUCAUCUGAGAUGUCCGAAGGUUUUUAAUGAAGCCAUCCCUUUACCCUUUAUGUAGUUUGCACUUUAAUGUUCCUCUUGUUUGUGUGAUUGUAUCUUGUUCUGUGACUGUUAACACUAAGAAAUGAAGAAAUGUUUUACCGGAAAUAACUAAAACGGACAUUUUAAACAGCAUGUUUUCUGUAUUGAUCCCAGGCCUGAGGUGCUCCCCCCUGGACAUAAUAUUCAACAUGAAAAUGUUUCAGCACCAUUUAGAGACGAAGUUGAAAGCUGAACUAAGCACUGAAAUUAAUAACUGUGAUAUAGAAGUACAAUAUACAUACUAUAUUUUUCUAAAUAAAUAAAUGAUUAUAAAAUCCAGCGCUGUAUUGUAGCGGGCUACACUGGGAUCCACAGAUUCAUACUAUUUUAAUGUGCUCGGUCAUAAAAUGAUUAUUAUAAUAGUUAUUUUUUAUUAUCUACAAGACAAGCUGAUUUGGAACUAUUCUCAUCCUGCAAUGUUUUUUUUGUAAUGUAAGCAAUAUUUUGUACCAAAUGAAUUUUCUACACUUUAACACUGUGUGAGACAUUAUUUGUGUAACAAAAACAUAUAAACCUCUGAACACAG